UUUUCCGUUGAGAGGGUCUUUCGAAAUAAAACUAUUGGAGUGUGGUGUGGUUGCCAAACAGUGUAAUUUUAAUUUAUUUUUUAGUUUAAACAUUUGGAAAGAUGAAUCAAACGUACCGUCUCUUGUCAAUCUGCACAUGAAAAUUUAUUUGUAUUCGUCUACAACCUCUGAAAUUUCAAACUUUCUCCAUCAAACCAUUUAAUUUCUAGUUCCCAAUGACUUUGUUCUUCUUCAAAUUCAGUGACUCUCUCAAACUUUAAUUCCCAAGUCAACAAGGAAUUUGGGUUUCUCCAUAAAACUAGACCAAUUCCAUUUCUCUUAUUUAUAUUAAAGUAAGGAGCAUGGAGUUCAAAAGCUGACCCCAUGUUUAAUCCUUCUUUGAAGCUUUGUUUUUUCAGAAACUCACAUGGCUAUUGCAGCUCAUCUGGCUCUUCUUUCUGUGUUUAUCUUUUUCGAGGCUCAUGCUUUGCCGUCUUCUUUUAUCUACCCUGGAUUCAACAAUACAAGCCUUGAUCGUGAGGGGGCUUCUGUUGUGAAGCCAUACGGUGCGUUGAGGCUCACCAAUAUAUCGCAAAAUGUUAUCGGCCAUGCAUUCCAUCCAACUUCAUUCCGGAUGUUUGAACAAAGUUCUGACUCGUCUCCGAAUGUUUUGUCCUUCAGCACAACUUUUGUCUUUGCAAUUGAACCUUCGAGCCCUGGGCAAGGCGGCUAUGGCUUAGCCUUUGCCAUAGCUCCAUCAACCAAAUUUUCAGGUGCAGGAAGUGGGCACUAUCUUGGAUUGUUCAACUCUUCCAACAACGGUAACCCUUCAAACCAUAUAUUUGCUAUUGAAUUUGACACUGUAAAUGGGCAUGGUGAAGAAAGGAACACCAAGGGAAACCAUGUUGGGAUCGACAUCAAUGACAUUUCAUCUGUUACAUCCAAACCUGCUUCUUAUUCAGACUAUGGCGAAGCUCAUGAACACGACUUGCAAAUGGAUUCUGGUGAUCCUAUCAUUGUGUGGGUUGAAUAUGACGGCCCCAAGAAAAUAGUGAACGUCACUAUAGCUCCAUUGAAGCACAAAAGAAAACCAACAAAGUCACUCCUUUCUUAUCCAAUUGACCUGAAACCUUUCCUAAAGGAACAAAUGUUCGUCGGCUUCUCUGCUUCGACCGGAGAUAAAACAAGCUCUCAUUACAUUUUGGGAUGGAGUUUUGCAAUGAAUGAACCAGCACCUCCCCUGGAUUACUCUCUUCUUCCCAACCCACCAAAAGAGCAGGAUCCUCCUUCUUCAUCACCCAACUCCCGCUAUAAGGUUUUUGUAGCAGUCGUUUCUGUUAUAGCCAUUUUGGGGAUUUUUUUCUUAGCUUUCUGGUAUAGAAAAACCUGGCACACUGAGAGACUUGAGGAUUGGGAAAGAGACUGUCCUCACAGAUUCCACUACACAGAUCUGUACACAGCAACAAAAGGAUUUAAAAGUAGCGAACUAAUUGGAAUUGGGGGUUUUGGCUCAGUGUAUAAAGGUCAGAUACGUUCAACAGGAAUUGAAAUUGCAGUGAAGAGAGUAAGAAGAAAUUCAGGCCAAGGAAUGAAAGAAUUCGCAGCAGAAAUCGAAAGCUUAGGACGAUUAAGACAUAAGAACUUGGUAAAUCUCCAAGGAUGGUGCAAGAAAAAGAACGAUCUACUCAUAGUUUACGAUUAUAUACCAAAUGGAAGCCUCUAUUCACUUCUAUAUCAUCCAAAAAACAACAUUAUAUUGAAUUGGAAACAAAGAUUCAACAUCCUCAAAGGAAUUGCAGCAGGAUUACUAUACCUUCACGAAGAGUGGGAGCAAGUAGUAAUCCACCGAGACGUGAAGCCCAGCAAUGUUCUAAUAGACGCGGACAUGAAUCCUCGAUUGAGCGAUUUCGGUCUAGCCAGGCAAUACGACCACGACGAAGCAUCGCACACGACGGGCGUCGUCGGUACGAUCGGGUACAUAGCACCGGAGUUGGUACGGACAGGGAAGGCGUCGAAAAGCACGGAUGUGUUUGGAUACGGAGUUCUGCUACUGGAAGUGGCGUGUGGAAGAAAACCGCUUAAGUCGGAUAACUUCAUACUAGUGGAUUGGGUGAUGGAGCAAUAUGAAAAGGGAAAAAUUCUUGAAGCGGCUGAUCCGAAGUUGAAUUGGGAAUAUGAGGCAGAGGAGAUGAAGAUGGUUCUGGUAUUAGGACUUCAUUGUAGUCACCAGAUAGCUGAAGCUCGGCCGACGAUGAGACGGGUGAUGAGAAUCCUUGACGGAGAUGAUAAAAUUGCGGCGGUGGAGGGGUGGGAUUGUUCUCAAAGUUACUCAAAAUCUAACUCAAGAAUGACUGAAGUGAUUUCAGCAACGUCUUACCGUUCCUCCUCCAUCGGCGAUAUUUCAGAAACAUCCAUAGAUGCUGGCCGAUAGUAAAUUUUCCGUUCCAUUUUUAGAUUUAGGCUUCUUUUGUUCUCAAUGUAAACAUAAUAAACUACAUACAAUUUUAUUUAACCUUGUAAACACAUUUUUACAAAUUUAUUCAAACAAACACUAAAUUAUUAAACCCUC